GCGUUCCACUCCACCGCUUCCGCCCUACUGCUCCACCGAGGUGAACCCUGGAGGACUCUUCCUCCUCCGGAUGUGCGGUCCUGAGCGGUGCUGUAGCUCUUCUCCGGUCCAGCUCGCUCGGGUCAUGUGACUCUCCCUCGGCGUGUCCAACAGACAGAGCAACAAACAGAGGAAGAAUCGCGCAGUCUGAAAAUAAGUUUUAAGGAUAACUAACUUUUCAUCAUUAUGACCCUGCGAGACGAGCUCUUAAAGCCGAUUUGGCACGCGUUUACAGCGCUGGACGUGGAUAAGAGUGGAAAAGUCUCAAAAUCUCAGUUGAAGGUGCUUUCUCAUAACUUAUGUACGGUCUUAAAGAUCCCGCAUGACCCGGUGGCGCUGGAGGAGCACUUCAAAGAUGACGAUGAGGGUCCAGUCUCUAACCAAGGAUACAUGCCGUACCUCAACAAGUUCAUCCUGGAUAAGGCGACGGAUAACUUUGAUCGGCAGGACUUCCAUAAGAUGUGUUGGACUUUGUCUUCGAGGAAGAACCUGGAGCAAAACCAUAUCUUCAUCUCCAACGAUGAUGCCUUCAAGAUAUGGUGCAUCUUUAACUUCCUGUCGGAGGACAGAUACCCUCUGAUCAUCGUCACUGAGGAGAUCGAGUACUUGUUGCGUAAGCUGACAGACGCGAUGGGGGGGAGCUGGGUGGAGGAGCGUUUUGAGGACUACAAGCUGAAGCUGAACUCAAAGCGGCAGUGUCUGUUGGUGUGGGAGCUCAUCAGCCUGGUGGGCUCAGGUCACUUCAGUAAGGGCAUGGACCACCAGACGCUCUCCAUGGGCAUCAACGAGGUCUACCAGGAGCUCAUCCUGGAUGUGCUCAAACAGGGAUACAUGAUGAAGAAAGGGCACAAGAGGAAGAACUGGACGGAGCGCUGGUUCGUUCUGAAGCCCGGCUACAUCUCCUACUACACCAGUGAGGACCUUGCAGAGAAGAAAGGAGACAUCCUGCUAGAUGGAAGCUGCUCUGUAGAGCCUUUACAAGACAAAGAUGGUAAAAAAUGUCUUUUCCUCAUCAAGUCGUCUCAAAAAAGUUUUGAAAUCAGUGCAUCAGAAAGGAAGAAGAAGCAAGAGUGGAUCCAGGCUAUUCAGACCUGUGUGAAUCUGCUGCGCCAGGGCCGGCCGGCGCCGCACCACUAUUCCCGGCAGAAGCGCCGGGAGCUACGUCUGAAGCAGCAGGCUGAGCAGGAGGAGCUGGAGCUGAGGAUGAGUGAGCUGCAGACAGCAAACGAGGCCAAACAGCUGGAACUGGAGAACAUGAGAAAGGUAGGAGAAAAACACACAUCCAGUCUGAUGGCAGCAUGGAGGCAACAUUCACAUCAGUUAUCUGGAAUUAAAUGAAGCAAAGAGAAAUAAAAGUCUAGCUUAAGGAGAUGGAUGGUUGGUAGAAACAGGGAACUGAAAGAGCAACUUGGCAAAUGACCUCCUCAGAUGAGGGAGGUAAAUGGCAGGGUUGUAUGACUUUGUGGGAAAGAUGGAUGGAUGUGGUUGAUGUUCAGGGAAGAGAAACAAAAACAGUUAAAUAUGGCUAACCAAGUGUCCACAUUUGAUUAACACCUCACACAGUAGAGGACCAACGGAAGGAUGAUGCAUCUUUGAUGGAUUUUUUCUUAUUUCUUAAAGAUAAGAAUACUGUUGUAUUUUUCUCUAUUUUGACACUUCUUCUUUGCAACCCACUUUUCAACAGAUUUGAAGACAUUGCAAAAAAUGUCAUGGUGAAAAACAGUCAGAGACUGACACAAUUGUUGGUUUUAACAGUUUUCUUCUUCAUUGAUUUUAGGCCUUCUGUGGUUACUGAAGUUUCACAUUACGAGAAAGGUCCACCCACCCUCAGAAAUCCUUUCAUUCUGUCCACGUAAUGAGCUUGAAUCUUCUCAGAUUGUGUCAUAAGUCAUUGUAAUUACAUAUGCAUCGAAGUCGAGCUAUUGCAAUAAUCAAGCUAACAUCUUCAAGACCAAGGAUGUUUCUCAAUGCCAAGGCAACUGGCCUAGAAUGACAAUGUCUUGCUAGGCCAGGCGCCUUGCUUACUGUCCUUCCUUGAUCAAAGACAGACCGCAGCUCCAGCGGCGGUCGCGUCGCACCAUGUGACACGUGAGGUAAAGUUAGAUUUCAUACAUAUAAGUUUCAAUAUAGAUGUAUUUACUUUUAUAAUUGUAUAUAUAUAUUGGUUAAAUUCAGCGAGUUACUACCUGCUAGCCACCAAAGCUGCAACGACUAAGCCACUAACCAAAUAUAGAUAACUGCUUUGGAUCUAAACAUUUUAGAUAUAAGCCUGACAGCUGAAAUUAGUUGACUUACAUUUAAACUGGAAAUUUGCUCCGAAGUAGCUGCUGGUUUCUGAUCCACCAUCUUUUUGAAAAUACCGCGCUGUAUUCUGUGAAAUUUUUUAUUAAGAGAAGGCAACAAGCCACCUAGUAUGCAUCCUUGCUCAGUUAGCUAAACGGCUAACAAACGGCGGACAGACGCUUCGUAGCACAUGAACAUUGAACUGAUUGGAACAAGUCUCGGAGGUUUCUGAUGAUGAAUCUCCUAGUCAACCGGGGGGGACCAAGGCAUCAAGGCGAGGUCCCUUGACAAUGAGAAACACCCCGAGUUCACUGAGAAACAAUUUCUUACUUGUUAUUUUUUUUAAUAUAAUUGGUUACUUUGAGUUUAACAUGCAGGCUGAACGUGAAAAUGUUCUUUUACCCCUAGUUUCUGCACUAGCCAAUAGAAAACAGACAAGAAAAAUCUUGGAUUAGAAAAGUCGCUCGGAUCUACGUCACACUAGACAAAGGCGUUUAGCUAGCCCUCAGGCUUCACUUUAAUUUUCAUACAGAGGACAAAAACGUCUGCUUGUAAAAGUGGCUAUAAAAAAUGUAUACAUUUUUUUUGCUCUUCAUAGUUGAACAACUUCAGCCUUGCUCAAACAUAAAUAAAAUUCAGUCAUUUUGAGGAUUUUAACCCUUGAAAUGCCAGUUUGAAUACCCAGUCAUUUCUGUAAUUCAUGAAAAACCAUAUAACCCGAGUUAUUUUCUAAAAAAAGAUUAUUAUUAUUUUUUGCCUGGGGUGUUAAGUACAAAUCAGUCUAGAUUAUGUUAUGAAAUAUCUAAAAUUUUGAAUUUUUUGCAUUUAUAGUUUUUACAUAGCAACAGGUUUAAAAUUUACUAUACACUCGAGCCAUUAGAGGACAAAAACUUCCACUUUUAAAACGGCUUUAAAAAUGGUCCAGAUUAUUUUUUUCUGCUUUUUGGGUCUAAAUCUUGUGAUCAACUUCAGUUCUGAUCAGAAAAAUCAAAUAUUCAAGUUUCAAGUUUAUUUAUAUAGCGCCAAAUUACGACAAGAGUCGUCUCAAGGCACUUCACAUAAUAAACAUUCCAGUUCAAGUCAGUUCAUUAAGCCAAUCAGAAAUAAUGUUUCCUAUAUAAGGAACCCAGCAAACUGCAUCAAGUCACUGACGAGUGUCAGUGACUUUACAGCAAUCCUCAUACUAAGCAAGCAUGCAGUGACAGUGGAGAGGAAAACUCCCUUUUAACAGGAAGAAACCUCCAGAGAAUCCCGGCUCAGUAUAAGCAGCCAUCCUCCACGACUCACUGGGGAUGGAGAAGACAAAAAUAUUGAAUAUUUAUCUGAAUUUUAACCCUUUAUGCCAGUUUGAUUACAUGAUGCUCAUUUUGUCAUGAAAAAAGCAGACAAAAGAGGAGAUAUUUUACAUAAAACAUAUUUUGAGUGACUGAAAUCAUUUUUUUAAAUCAGCCUUGGAUAUGUCAAGAGUCUGUUAAAAUAUUACAUUUGAUGCUUUUUAGUUUUUCUGUAGCAGCAAAUUUUAAAUGUACCACCCUCUUGUGCCUGUUAUGGACAAAUCCGUCCCAUUGACUUCAAGGCAAACCACAGUUUUUGAUCCUGUAUUAUCUGCAUCAAAUAUUCAUGCUUUCUGUGAUGUUAUGGUUUCAGUUUGGACAAACGUAAUCCAAUUUAUGAUUUUUACUGUUCACCACCAAAUUCAGUCAUUUCUCCAUAUGUUGCCCAGGCGAGAAACAAAACGGUAACAUGUUGUAUUAGAUGUGGCAACUUCGCAUGCAAAGAGCACACAAUCCUGUGUUGCAAGUCUUGCUUGAUGGCUCUAAUUUUGUCUCUCCUCAAAAUGCAAGCAAGCAUUCACACUUCUGCACUUUCAUAAACAAACUGAACUACAAAGAGUUUGGAUGUACCUGAGCUCCAGCCAGGUGCAUAGACAUAUUGUUUUUGUUUGAUGUUACACGUGAGAGUGAAACUGUGUUUUGUUUACAUGCUGAGCUUCUGAGUUCAAUAGACCCUUUUACUGUUUGUAAACAAUAUGACGUCAGCGAGAAUGCGCGGGCAGCUUGGCAACAGAGAAUGGCGUUGUGUCAGGCUUUAUCAAGCUACGCUGCGGGGUUAUCACCGGCAAAUCUUGAAUGUUACAUUAUUAAACUCACUUUAACGAAUGGCAACAGACUCCCGGAUCCCUGUGGCAUUACGGAAUGGGUGGAAGAUGUAGGUGCGUGGCCAGAUAUCCAGUGGCCCGAUAUAUAUACGUUUUUAGUGAAGAGGCCCAGUAAGUACACACGUGAGAAGCUACGGGCAUACAAAUCGUUAGCAGCAUACAACUAUGUUGUCUGUGGCCACGUACAGAAAGUAAAAUAUCACGACAUAGACUCUGAGUUUUGCGUCUUGAAGGCAGAAGUCCUUCCUAGCCAAAGACAAGGACACAAGACUGCUAUGUACGAGGCUUGGGUCAUAGUAAACAAACCAGAGAACUACGUCUUCACAGCCAACUGUACCUGCAUGGCAGGGUGAGUAUAGCAUAGGUUUCUUUUUUUAGCGUGCUCAGAGUACAUUCGUGUUAAUUUUAGAGAAAUACAGUUUAUACUAAUAUGCAGUGGGAAAAUACAGAUGAAUUAGAAUGAAAUGUUAAUUUGAAGCAUGAAAUAAAGCGUAUGAAUUUAUAUGUAAUCUUAGUACAUAAUUACCUUACCUGAUAUAAAAUGGGCGCUACAAACUCGAGCAUUUCGGAUCGUGUUUUCAGUCCAGUUUUCAUCAACCCUUUUGAUGGCCUGCAGCCACAGACGCCUCCGAUUUUGUUGAAAUGGAUGUGCUCCCUUUGGAAUUCUGUAAAGUUUCAGUCCACUGCUUGAAGAGAAGCGAUUCUGGCAUCCAUACACGCAACAACCCGACAUGUUUAUGUGCUCAGAACUUCAAAACAAAGGGUUUAAAACACUGUUUUAGUAUUGAGUGUGAAUGAGGAAGCCUUCACUCUCGUUGCCAGGCUGCGUGCACAACUUUUGAUGACGUAGGUAGUAAAAGGGUCUAUAAAAAGAGCAGAAGAUCUAAAGAACCCCCCC